AUGCCUGCGUUCAAUGCAAGCAAUUCGAUCAAUAACGAGGAUCGUUUGGGAGAAUUAUACUUAAAGGCUUUUUUAGCAUAUGAAGGACUGCCAAUUGCCCAGUCUGCUUGGAUUAGUGGAGUGCAGGACCAACAGGUUGCAGUAUUACCAAUCGCACCCGAAGAUCCCAGUCUGCAAUUUGCAACUUUUCAAGCUUCCACCACUGCAUAUAGCUCGACUUUGAAUUGUACUACUCUGAACGCUACCAGGCUCGCUUAUAUUGAUUCCUCAAAAGAGCAGCAAUUGGCGCAGGAUAACUCAAUGCCAAACAAGACUCGGAUUGAUUAUUGUCAACUGCAAUACCCUAUAUCGGCUCUCUUUUCCGGACUAGGAACUCAUGGAGGAUGCCAAUUUACGAUCGAAGUUCCUCUUGGAAUUGGGAGUGACCCUACGACUGCUCACGUCGACGAAUGGUACUAUGGUGGAAUGGACUUUCUCUCGGCUUCUGAAACACCACCGAACUCAUCAAUUGAUAGAAGCUGCAAUCAAUGGUUCUAUCUCAAUGUCAACUUCGCAACGCUCGUGUACUACCCAUCCAACUCAUCCAACUUUGACUUUGAGGCCACAUUUGGAGAGGAACCUACUUUCAAUGCUGUAUACUGCCAAGCUCUAUACCUUGAGGUGCCAAAUCUCAAGGUCGACUUUCUGAACACGACCACGUCUCCGUCAUUUACGUACGACCCCGAAAGUUUUAAAACCUUGUCAAAGGCAAUGUCACCAGAAGCUUUCAACUCAACUCAAUUCGAAGAGUAUCUGUUUUUGGAUCAGGAAUCACUGAAGGAUCCUUUCACCUUUCCCAAUACGCUUACCGACGGCCGACCUUCUACUAUUCAGCGAGGUUACAGAAUCUUGGAAAAACAAACUGUGAACCAGUUUGCAUGGACCAUAGUUCCUGUUCUCGCCGUUAUUCUUAUCAAAUUCUUUUGGGCUCUUGUGGAUGAGUAUUUCCGACUCUUACAGCCAUACAUCAGCUUGGCUGGUGGCUCAGCAUCUGCAAGAUCCUCAAUAUGUGUAGAUUACGUAUCGACAAUCGAAGGAUGGAUCAUUAUUAAGUCGAUUCUCCGACGGCAUUACAUCUUGGCCGCCGUGGCCACUUUAUCGGUGGCCAAUGAAGUCCUGGUGACAGCCAUGGGGGCUUUAUUCAGCAGCCGCCCAUCCAACGUUAUAAAGCCAUUAACUGGCUUCACGAAUUCGACCUUAUGGACGACAGCAGAUAUGAUGAACUUCACAGACUCCUCACAGGUCAUACAUGUCCUAGAGAGCAUUGUACCAGUCUAUGAUAUUCCCAACAACACAACAAACUGGUUCUAUCCCAGUGCUCUAACCUUAGCUAUGGUGGCUUGGGAUGCGCAACCAGCACCAUGGACAACGGCCGAAUACGCCUUUCUCCCUGUCAUCCUCUAUGCCGCAGCGAACGGCAAUCUCUCGUAUCCCGAAAGUACGAAUUGGACCGUGUCAACUACUGGGGUGCGUGGAUCAGCAAACCGUGAGGCUCUAGAAACCCCGAAGAACUUUUUUCAACGCCUUCCCGUUGUCAACAAUGAUAAUGUGACGGUUGCAGUUGGCUGGGAGAUUCACGAUUGGCAAGAUGGAGCGGAAACUACUGAGAACACUGUUACUUUUCAAGGAUCCGCGUUUCGUGUUCCUUCAUCGAGGACAGGUGUUCGAGCACGUCAGGAUCCAUUCAAAGGGUCGCUUCAGGGGGUCAUGAAUUACACAGGGUUCUGGGGACCAUUAUGGUUAGCUAAUAUCUCGACCGCAGGAGAUAUCGAGCUGGCCAACAUUUCCUACCCCAAUUCCAGUAUAUCUGCAGUGGGCACUAAUAACCAGACAAGAGCAAUAUGGAACCUACCAGAGAUGAAACCGGGGUAUUUUGGGGCCGGAUUCAUCGACUUCAGUAGAGUCCAGGAACCAGAAACAGGAAUAUGGUACUCCACCAGCCCAGUAGCCUCCCUUGUUGUAUGCCAGCCUCGAUUUGAGUAUGUAAAUGCUCAAUUGAUACUCGACGUUACUUCACAACAAAUUCUAGAAUAUGAAGUGAACGGAGAUCCCACGACGUUGAAAGAUAGCCAAUUCUUCCAGACGUGGCACGCUACAGACGAUAGUACACCAGCGGAAAUGGGAAUUGGAAGCGCAUUCACAACUGCGAGUGUUUUCGAGACUGGCACUAUGUUCGAGCCUGGAAACCUGAAGAUUGCUACGGAGACCGCGUUUACUUCAUUAUUCUCACAGUUUGCUGCUUCACCGAGGUACAUAUUCGUCCCGGUGGAUUCUUCGACUCCAGUUACAGCUGGACUUGUGACAACUCAGAUGAGGAUCAUGAUUUCUACUGCUGCCAUGGCUAUUGUUGUGUCGAUAUUAUCUGUUAUAAUUGUUGUUCUUGCUACUUUGUCGUACUGGACAAAGGGGUUCUGGGGACUAUUGGUCAUUAUUGACAAAGAGCCAGAUACCAUUGGAUCAGCUAUUGCGUUGGUCUGCAGUAGUAGAAAUCUAUUACAGUUAUUGAGAACGACAGAAGGAAACACGAACGGAGAGAGGGAGAGGAUUCUAGAGCAACAGAAGAGGAGGUUCCGGAUUGAAAAGUUUGCCGGAGAAAGAGAACUCGCACAUCCUCGCAUUGAAGUAAACGAUGGUACGAGAUAG